AUUGAAUAAUUUUAAUAUUUGUAAAAAACCAACCACGGUGCGUUAUUAAAUGGUUGUGGUUUAACUAUAUCAAUGUGUAUGUGUGUGUACAUAUAUAUUUUUAAAUAUUUUUUAUAUAUAUUGAUAUGUCCAUACAGUGCGGACAUAAGGACCGAUAUUUUGUACUCAUACAAUCUUGUAACGACAGUGCGAAGAACAAGGCUUUUUAGGCGAUAACAUUAAACUUUGCCUAUCGUAUCGUAACUGUAACUGUAACCCAGUGAGAAAGAAAUAUAGGUCAAGUUUUAGGCAAGACGCAUGGAACAGAGCAAAAUCGGGAAAAUUGAAAUUAGAUGAAAAAAAUUGCUUGUCUUUCCUAUCGUGAAAAUAACUAAAAUCAAUUUCAAGCUUGAUAAACGUAAUUAUGCACGAAUAUGUUUAACGAGUGUGUUUGUUUUUCUUUCUUAAAUGUCGUUUAAAUUGCUUGCAAUUUAUUUCAAAUUUUCGUGUACGCAAAAUGGUCCCUCAUCGCAUUGAUUUUGAUUUUUGCGUAGGCUCAAUCAAAUGACAUUAAAUGAAAGUAAAAUAACUUAGUUAUUUGAGAAUAAUAAAACACGCAAUUGUAAAUAUUGCUUAAAAGGAGCAGCCAGAUAAUAGUAAUUAGGAGAGCAUUCUUUUCGAAUCUAAUCAAUUUGUUUCCUUCUGUUUCAAAAUUGUUGUUGUUUGCAAAUUAUGGAAACGACACCAAAAGUGCAUCGUCACCGUCAUCGACGGAUGGAAUCGCGUCAUCGUCGUAAUGAACGUCAGGUUAGUAACAAUACCGAAGGCAAAUCACCUGUUCGGCCCUCAGAAAAUGUUAGGGAAGCAGAAGAAGGUGCAUGUACUAGUACAACGGCCAGCAGCAUGCCGGGAGGUGCAGACGCUCUUAUUGCAGCAGUGGCUACGCGAUUGUUACAGGAACAUGAACGCCAAAAUCAUACGGAAGAUGGAAGUUCAGCUAGUGUUGGUGUUAGUAGUGACGGCCGCGAUUUAUCUCAGACUACUCAGCAAACUGUUGUUCUAGUUAAUGGCCACACUCCUCAGGAAAAUGUACCAGAAAACUCCUCUGGACUUCCCUACAUUAAAAACGAUAACAACGAGCCCACAAAGUCCAAUGACGGCGAUGGUAGUGAAUUGGCGGCUACCGGUCCACCAGAUGGUCCGAGUAGUAGUCGAAAUUCGUCGGGAGAUGCUAUGAGUCUACGAGAAACUCUACAGCAAUUGCCACCCACAAUUACCGCUCAUAGACACCGCCGCACACUCUCGCCCCACUCACCAUCUCGUCGAGUUUUAGAAACAGCUGCCGAUGCCUCCUUUCAUCGCGGUAUUCUAGGUUUCAUGGAUCGGGAACUAAAACAAUCUUCACCAACGCCUUCCGCUUUGAGCGCUGGUAGCGGUAACGGUCCUUUGAGUGGUGGUGGUGGUGGUGGUGGUAGUGGUGGUGGUUCUCGUAAACAUCAAUCACUGUCUGACCCAACAGCUAGUCCUGCUCAGCACUCAAUCCGCUCCCGAAGCUCUCUCGAGAAGAGCCCACGCCGUAAACGCAGUAAAUCUGAAUCUAGGCGUAGACGGGAACGCAAGCUAAUAGCAGCCGGCGAAAUGGAAGUGCGUCAGGCAAAUGAGACUCUAAUGCGUUAUCUGAAGCAGUGCUCAGAAAUGAAUGAUGCUUCCCUGUCCGGUGAAUUGGAAAUCGAUCAGAGUCUAGAGGAGCGACGGGUACAUAGAAAAACGAAGUCACAAAGAGAUAAGAGGGGGCAUAUAAUAAGUAAACUAUAUUCAGCUGGCGGUUUAUCUUCGAUAUUAAAGGAGCUUUCCGAUGACAUUGUACCAGCAGAAGGCGAAGAAAUUUACAAUCCAUUCACACCGGUCGUCUCACCUACGGAUGAUACGCCCGCGCAUAUUGACAAAAUAUUUAUGCAGACGUCAUCAGGAUAUCGACCAGUUGAACACUGUUUUUAUAAACACCACCAUCACUCGUUUAUGCGCUCGGGCGGCAUGAGUGGUCGUGUGAGUGGCAGCAGUGCUGCUGCUGGCAGUAGUACGAGUCAAGGUGCUGCAGACUCAGGCAAUGAUGGUUGUGGUGGUUUGGCUGUAGAUGGUGUUGGUAGUGGCGGCGGUGGUAAUUAUGCCGGUUUCGUUUUGCGCCCUAGCGCCAGUUACGGUGAUACGCGUUGUCUUCUCGAUGGUGAAUAUUGUAGACACGAAGCUAAAACCAAUAUUGAACUAGCUUGCAUAGCUCAACGGAUUUGGUUGUUGAUCGCAAAUAUAUGCCACGGUUUGCUAGCUGGACUAGCGUUGGCUCAUUUGCUGUUUGUCCUAACGAGUGACCCCACGGAUUGGUCUAAAGUAUUGAGUCUUGCAGGCGAGACUUUCAACGAACGACAGAAACAAGAGCAGCCGCAGCAAACCUCCAUCACUAUAGAAUCCAGCAUGAAUUCGAAUGAAAAUCUUGAGAUGGCAGCACUGGCUGUGAAAGCAGAUUAUGCAACAUUUGCUAAUAUUUACAUAAAUACAUUUUAUUGUUUGGCUAUAAUCUGCAUGGUAUCUGUAUUGGAUCGCAUGGAUGUUUGUCGUUGGUCUUUAGCGAACGCCAGUGAAUUAAUUUCGUUUCGCUGGCUGAUUAUCGCUAUGAUUUAUGUAGCGACAAUAAUAUUAACUAUUUGUUCCGAUUCAAUAGAUGAGAAACUGUACUUAAAUAAUAAUAAUGCCAACGUAACUAUAUCCCGAGAAGAGAUUAUAAACAACAGUAUUUUAUCUGUGUGGAGUAGCCUAUCAACAGCUCGUAGCAUUGGCGCAAUUUGCGGUUGGAUUAUGAUCGGUUUAACACCGCACGAAGACUUGCUCUACGAUCAUCUUGUGGACUUAACUAGAUAUCAAGUGACAAAUAAUUAAGAGACAACAAACCUUAGGAAAAUACAAAAAAAAAAAAAAAAAAAAAAAAACUACUAAAUAAGAAGGAGCGUGUAGUUAUAUUGUAAAUAUUUGAAUACAAAUGAGAGACCUUAUAAAGUAUACGCUUUAGUUUCUAAAUUUAUUUAUAUAUGC